AUGUGGCGGGCCUUACGUGGGGUGGUCCCCUCCGUGCCUUUGUGUGUUCGCUUCUCCGCAGCCGCCCCACGCGCCGCGCAGGGCUUCCGGGCCCCUGCGAACGCCGGCGCGGACGGCGGGUCGGAGCGGCGGGGGCAGGCGAAUCCGUACAAGUCGUGGGAGCACCUCAACCACAAGUGGCUGCUGCUGAUGUGCGUUGGGUGCCUCGCCGGGGGCCUCGCCGCGGGGCGGGCGGUGGAAGUCGACGAGAAUGCACUCCGACCGCCCUUCCAAAAGUCCGCCGUCCUCGCAGACGCCGCCGCGACAUUUGAGUUCCGUCCGGAUUUAGCGCCAACGGCACUCCGUGUUGUGUUUCUGCUUGCCGCCCGACGCGCUGGUCUCGUGGCGUUAACACCAGACGAAUCGUGUGCAGCCGCCCGCGGACUCGACGACGUCGCCGGCGUUCUUCGUCAUCUCGCCACCGCACACCGCAUAGCCACAGAAGACGCCGCUUCACUUCUCGCCAUCGCCGCAUUGAAGUUCCUCGCAGCUCCUGUGGACGCCGUGGAUGCCGCAUGGCGAUGGGGACGCAACGACACAGAUGAAGCUCCACCACGUAAGAAUCCUUCAAAUGGUCAAGAAUACCACUCCGUGCAUGAUAUUCUUACCGGUAUAGGAGGUCUUACAGAUGCAGAGUGCGUUGCGCUUCUGGCUUGUCACAGUGUUGGAGAAUUCCAUGAACAUGUUAGCGGUAUAGAAGACGUGACUCACAUUGGAAGUCGCUACAAACUCAGUAAUGAGUAUUACAAAUUUCUUUUGGCAAAUGAGAAGCGAUUUUUUGAGUUGGAAGUACCUCGAACAGAGGAAAACAAAGGAAUUGAGAGACUUCCUAAAGAUUUUGUUUGUGUAUACGCAAAAGUAGGAAAAAAAGGAAAGAAAAAACAGUGUGUAUUUAAUAAACGGGAGGUGGAUGCAAUACUACAUGAUAAAACAUGGCGUGCAUUGGCGGAGAAAUAUGCAUCAGAUGAAGCGGCAUGGUCAGAGGCUUUUCAAUCUGCUUUCACAAAGAUGAUUGACAGCAACUUUUCACGUCUUCGCACCUACAAUGCAUCUGCUGAAUGA